AUGGACAUUGAUUUGAUUAGGUCUGGAUGUCUUGCAGAUAAAGAAGUUGGUGGAAGAUCAGAAGUUGACGGGGAGUUGAUAAUUAGAAGGUUCUGCAAUCAGGGGAGGAGGAUGUCAUAUCAUCAUUGGCAAAUGCGCUCUGGGAUACUAUGUGGUCCUGGUCCUCCUGGAUGCAGACGGAGAAACUUCAUUCUGAGGUAUAUCUUAACCAAAUACUUGUCGGAUGCUGGAGUGCAGUGGGGAGCAGCACCUGCUGUUAAAGUUUUUGGUGGUUGUAAGCCUCAGUUGGAUAAGAUUCUUGGUAUUCUUGUUGAAGGCCACAUCGAUACUUGUCUUGGUAUUUUCCAUGAAUAUGAAACCAAAAACCUAAAGGCAUGGGACACAAAUGGCUUUGUCGGCUCAUGCUUGAGGUGGGUAGAUGCUUCACUUUCCUCACUUGAAUUUUCUUGGGAACAAAUAUUUUUGGGGAAACAGUUUUCUAGUCCUGGUUGUGCUGCUUCUGUCUGUAAAUCUCUGAAGUCUUUAAAAGGCGUUCAGUUGGAGAAAGCUACAGAAAGCAUGACAGAGUCUGUAGAGACUCCAUGUCGUCAGCGAUGUCCUACCCAUGGAAGUGACGACGUGUUUGCAAAUGUUCAUUUCACAAUAAUAAGUGAAACUCUCCCUUGCUUUCCUAAAAUGUUUUGA